AUGGCGACGCAGCAGGACCUGCAGGAGCUGCUCCGGCUCCUGACCGUGACCCGCAAGGUCCCCAUGAUGCAAGCCAUGGCACACAUCAAGGCCCUGCAAGGCGUAAACCUCCGAAGGGCCAGCAUCAAACAGAUAGCCGAGGCCCCACAGCCCGACGUCGAGUCGGCCAUCAAGGACGCCAAGGCGGCCCGCGCGCUGCAAAACGCCUGCAAGGCGGCAGUCAAGCUCGGCGUCACUGGCGGUAAGCGCCCCGCCGCUGCCGGGGCCACGUCCGGGGCCGCCGCCAAGCGUGCAAAGCUUGGUGACGGGGACGGUGGGAUGGGCGGACCCGCGCAGAUGACGCCGCAGGAGCUGGAGCGCUCACUUGAGCUUCCGCUGUGCACCGACGAGGAGAUGAUUGCAGGUACCGUGCUGCAGACCAACAGAGCGCCCCUCGUGUUGGCGUUCGCGGUGGAGCUGCUCCGGUACACGAUGCCGGAGCAGCCGUUGUCAAGCCGGCUCAGUCUCGCGCAGGCCGUCGUCAGUGCCAACUCGAGGAGUAAGGCCGUGAGCAUAGGGAUCGAGAAGGGGCCUAGUGCCGAGGAAGAAGGGUAUGGCGAGGGCCAGCCGCGCGUCAGGGUCAUGGGCCGAGAGGUCGCCGUAUUGAAAAGGGGCGGGUACAAGUGGAAGGGGGACGAGGAGGUCGGAGAGGGUGCCGACCAAGCCAAGGAGACGCAAGAGACGAGUACAACGUCUGUCGUACUGGACACGCCGACACCGACGUGGUCCGUGAGCCAGCCCGUCACGCUCAAGUCGUCGACCUUUGUCGCCCGGGCCGCCGCCAUCACGGACGCCAGCCAGAGGUCCAAGAUGCUGGCCGACCUCAUGGCCGCCAACCCCAAGCUCCAGACGGCCACGCACAACGCCUGGGCCUACCGCAUCAAGCUGUACAGCGGCGCGUCCUUCAUGCGCGAGGACUCGUUCGACGACGGCGAGGCGGGCUGCGGCGACCUGCUGCUGCGCGUCAUGCGCGAGGUCAGCGCCGUCGACACCAUCGUCGUGCUCACGCGGUGGUACGGCGGCAUCAUGCUGGGGCCCGACCGGUGGCGCCUGAUGCGCGACUGCGCCACCGGCGCGCUGGCGGGCCGCCUGCGCAAGACGGGCGCCGAGGUCUCGCUGGGCGGCGAGGCCGUCUGGGGCCUGGAUCUCGAGGCCGCGAGGAACAGGCCCUCUGGCAUCGGCGGCGGCGGCGGCGGGUACGGGUCGUCUCGCAACGAGACGUCCGUCGUGGGGAUGCACAUCCACCGGCCCGAGGCGGCGAGGAGUUACCUGCUCAGGAGCUUCGCGUCAGCAACCCCCGAGCCUACUGCUGCUGCGCCCGCUGACGCUGGCGGUGGCGGUGGAGGUGAUGGAGACGGCGGCGGUGCGAAGGCGAAGAAAGGCGCGACGCCCAAGAAGAAGACGCAGAAGGCGCUGGAUGCGGAGAAGGAGGAGAACCUGGGCCUGCUGCUCGGCGCCAUCAGGCUGGUGUUCGACAGCUGGGCGGAUCAUCUGGCCCCCGCGGAUCUGGACCGCAGGGCGUGGAGCUGGUAUACCGCCGUGCGGCCUGACGUCGACAGUGGCCCUUCGGGAUGGGGCGCGAAGGGAUCGCUGAAGCUGAAGACUAUUCUGGACCUGCGGCGCAAAGAGGAUUGA